UGAGGGAGUCUGUGAGAAGACGAGCAGUGGAGUUCUGGAUAUGACUCUUAAUCAUCUCAAAUACAAACAUGUCGGUGCUCGGAGGGUUUGAGUGCAGCGCUCGGAGUGUGUGAGCCGCACACAGGAUUAAAAGCUGAUAUCAGGUUUCUGAGCUCGAUCGUCCCAGAGGAGCAGUUUGUCUUCAAACAGUCCCUGAAUAAUAUCUGAAGAAACAACAGAGAGAUGUCCAGCUAUAAGCGAGCUACGUUGGAGGAGGAGGAAGUGUCGGACGCUCCGGCUGAGGCAGCCUCGUCUCCUGACAGAUUGGAGGUGGGUUUCAGGAAGGGAGGUGUGGACAUUUUUGGCAGGAGGACGCAGCUUGAGGUUCUUCUGUCGGUCCUGCUGCUGGCUGCUCUGUUAGCUCUGCUGGCCUGUCUUCUGGUCCUGGGGCUCGGACUCAGCUCAGAUAGUGGGCGUGGCCUGUGCCUGUCUGAGGCAUGUGUCACCGUGGCGAGUCAGAUGGUGGAGGCGAUGGACCGCAGCGUCGACCCGUGCCAAGACUUCUACCAGUUUGCCUGCGGAGGCUGGAUGAGGAAAAACCCGCUGCCCGACGGACGGUCGCGCUGGUCCACCUUUAACAGCAUCUGGGAGCAAAACCAGGCACUGCUGAAACACCUGCUGGGUAAGACAGAGAACGGGACGUUUAACGGCAGCAGCGAAGCCGAGAGGAAGACUCAGUCCUACUACCUGUCCUGUCUCAACACGCAGAGGAUCGAGGAGCUGGGAGCUCAGCCCCUCAUAGACCUCAUUGCCAAGAUCGGGGGUUGGAACAUGACUGGACCCUGGGACAAGGAGAACUUUAUGGACGUCCUGAAGGUGGUUUCUGGUCCGUAUAGAGCUCAGCCUUUCUUCAGCGUCUCCGUCAGUGCUGAUCCAAAAAACUCCAACAGCAAUGUCAUCCAGGUGGACCAAUCAGGGCUCUUCCUGCCAUCCAGGGAUUAUUACCUCAACAAGACAGCCAAUGAGAAGGUGUUGGUGGCGUACCUGGACUACAUGGUGGAGCUGGGGAUGCUGCUGGGGGGGGAGAGGAGCUCCACGCAGCUUCAGAUGCAUCAGAUUCUGGAGUUUGAGACGGCGCUCGCCAACAUCACCGUUCCUCAGGACCAGCGGCGGGACGAGGAGAAGAUCUAUCACAAGGUCACCAUAUCUGAGCUACAGGCGCUGGCCCCGGCCGUAGAGUGGUUGGACUUCCUGUCGUCCUCUCUGUCUCCUCUAGAGCUGAAUGACACAGAAUCCGUCGUCCUGUACGCCAGAGAAUACCUGCAGCAGGUGUCUGACCUCAUCAACAAGACCGACCACAGUCUGUUGAAUAACUACAUGAUGUGGACGUUGGUUCAGAAGAGCGUGGCCAGUUUGGAUCAGCGUUUCGAGAAUGCUCAGGACAAACUGCUGGAGAGUCUCUACGGGACCAAGAAGUCCUGCACCCCCCGCUGGCAGACCUGCAUCGGGAACACUGACGACACUCUGGGCUUCGCUCUGGGAGCGCUCUUUGUCAAAGCGACCUUCGACAAACACAGCAAAGAGAUCGCAGAGGGGAUGAUUAACGAGAUCCGCUCAGCGUUUAAAGAAUCUCUGGAUCGACUCAGCUGGAUGGACGACCACACGAAAAAGGCGGCUAAAGACAAGGCCGACGCCAUCUACGAUAUGAUCGGCUUCCCAGAAUUCAUCCUGGACACUAAAGAGCUGGACGACGUUUAUGAUGGGUAUGAAGUGUCCGACGACAGCUUUUUCCAAAACAUGUUGAACUUCUACAACUUCUCAGCCCGAGUGAUGGCCGACCAGCUGAGAAAGACUCCCAACAAAGACCAGUGGAGUAUGACUCCUCCCACAGUUAAUGCUUACUACAUGCCCACUAAGAACGGCAUCGUCUUUCCUGCAGGGAUCCUACAAGCUCCGUUCUACGCCCGCGACCACCCCAAGGCGUUGAACUUUGGGGGGAUCGGUGUGGUGAUGGGUCACGAGCUCACACACGCCUUCGACGAUCAGGGUCGUGAGUACGAUAAAGAAGGUAACUUGAGGCCGUGGUGGCAGAACUCGUCGGUGGAGGCGUUUCGUCAGAGGACAGAGUGCAUGGUGGAUCAGUACAGUCACUACACGGUCAACGGAGAACACGUCAAUGGAAAGCAGACGCUCGGAGAAAACAUCGCAGACAACGGCGGCCUAAAGGCAGCGUACCAUGCCUAUCGGUCAUGGGUCCAGAAGAGCGGAGAGGAGAAGAGGCUUCCUGCCGUUAACCUGACCAAUGAUCAGCUCUUCUUCGUGGGAUUUGCGCAGGUGUGGUGUUCAGUUCGCACUCCAGAGAGCGCUCAUGAGGGCCUGGUGACCGACCCCCACAGCCCCCCCAGAUACAGAGUCAUCGGCACGCUCGCAAACUCUCCAGACUUCAGCCGCCACUUCAACUGUCCCACAGGGACACCGAUGAACACGGGGAGGCGCUGCGAGGUCUGGUAGACGGACUGAAGAGGACAUAGUCAGAGUUAGUUUAGGUUGGUCCGUUAACGUUAGCCAGGAAAGGUGUUCGAGAUUCUUCUUCUUCAAAAAAAAAAUGUGUUUGUUAACAGCUCAGAUUGUUUUUUCCACGGCGGCGUUUCUUAAUUAAGCGGCUGGUCAGUGUCUUAACUCGAGGAGCCAGGUCUGUUAGUUAUCAGAAAUAGAGACAGAUGUUGUCAGGAGGUUAUUGGGAGGUGAUCAGGUGUUCAGGUGAACUUUUCAGUUUCAUACAGUUAAUAUAAAUCUGUUAAUUAGAGACGAUCAGACCGACGUCAUGUCCCGUCUGGAAAGUAGACCGAGUCAGUGGACUUCACACAGAGACCAGGAGGACGCAUGAUGGUGAUGAUGAUGAAGAUUGUGAUGAAGCCACUCGGGGACUAUGUUGCUGAUUUCUGCUUUAUCACUGUUAUUAUAGUUAUUAUAAAUAUUAUUAUCAAUGGGCUUUGUUUGAAGGGUGUGUGUGUGUGUGUGUGUGUGUGUGUGUGUGCCUGUUGAAUGAAUGAGCUAUUUCUCUCUCUCUCUCCCUGAUGACAUCACUGUGAUGACCUCAUACAGAGUUGAACUAUUACAUCCACAGUCACGGACGUUUUCAUAGGAAUCGCUCAGUUUUCAGUGAAGGGCCUUAAAGGGGGAAUUUUUACGUUCAAUACAAAUUCAUCAAUUCAUUACAAUAGAUUUCAGAUUUUUGUAAUGUCUUUCAAGUUAUCUGGUCAGUUUUCUCCUUAAAUGGUUUCCAUAAUUUACAGAAGAAUCCGUUUAACCUGUAAAUAACAUCAACUUUUAACCCGUUCAAAUAUUAGAACGUUUAAUGGUCAUACAUCUGUACCUUCAUUCGAUCUGAAAUAACGGUUCAGUUCUUUACAUUUUAAGGUAAAAAAAUAUUUUAAUUAAUACCGACCUUAUGAGGGACAUAAUGUUUCAAUUAAGGAACAGAUGUUAGAUCAUGAAAGGCUUCAUGAAACGGGUUCUGAUUGGUUUGGGGCACUGAAUGUGUCAUGUACAAAAUAACAUUAAACAAUCCGUUAACUUUGAACUCAUAAGGUCAAUUUAAAAAACGUCUUUUGUCGAAGUCCACCGAAAUACCUUUUAUAGUACAUCCCAUUAAUCUGUGUGUAAUAUCAACUAGAAUGCCAUUAGAAAUACCUUAAUCCAAGAAGUGUACCCGACAUUUUAAGGUACCGUUUAAGGGGUUUAGCCUUAAAGAGUCGUCUGCAUGAGUAACCACAACAUCCAUACAAACAGAGCUCAGUGUUAUUUAAUCAAAGUGAACUGAUAACAAGCGCCUUAAAAAAUUAGAUUUCUUUAUACGACUCACUUUGGAAUAUUGCCUUAAAUUCUCAAAUGGACGCCUUAACAGUAGAAUCAUCUCCCGACAGUCAGACGUCAAAAACGAGUCAAAAAGUCAGAUUAUUCUCGCGGGCCUUUCAAAUCUCAACAACUUGAAAAAGCUUCCAUCGCUGAGGCAGCUCCACGAUGAGAGCUGUGAGACGUUCAGGGACUGUAAAGAAGCGUGGGGCUUCUAGGAAUGACAUCAUAUUGAGACCAAGGGUAGACUUUAAUGAAUGAGGGGCGUUCAGGGGCAAAAACCAGCCUGUGGCGUUCAGAAGGAUUGAAAUGACGCGUCUUGAAUACGUUAUUUAUUUAUUUUUAGUCUCUGACCAAAACAACUUUUAAUGAAAUUUAAAAAAAAUAGACCCUGAACAACACUCGACUCUGGUCUGAGCAUCGAGAGGAGAAACAGCAAGAAUUUAAAGAACAAAACAAAUUGUUUUUGUCAGAGAAAUGAGUAAAACAUGAAAUAUAAAGUUAAGAUCUAACAUGGAGAAAAUAUGAAAUAGGUUAGGGAGUUAAAGAUAAUCGUCUUUAGUUUUUACGAUACUAACAUGAGUUUAUUUCAAAGAAACGUUACCUCAACUACAUUUCCCACAAUCCCUUAGUGUUGCUGUUCAGUGCAGGUACCUGCCUCUGACAGCAGGAGGAGCUGUUGGCUCACCUGGACUGAAACACAAAGUGAUAUUCAUGUUAAGACACUACACACUGUAUGACGUCAGACUGUGUGCGUGUGCGUGCGUGCUUUGCCUCCUGAUGACAUCACUGUUCUGAUGACAUCACCAUCCACUCCAUGCAGCUCCGGUGUCGUUUAUUGUUCAGCAGAAGAAGCUGCUUCCUGCCAAAGACGUGUGUGUGUGUGUGUGUGUGUGUGUGUGUGUGUGUGUGUGUGUGUGUGUGUGUGUGUGUGUGUGUGUGUGUGUGUGUGUGUGUGUGUGUGUGUGUGUGUGUGUGUGUGUGUGUGUGUGUGUGUGUGUGUGUGUGUGUGUGUGUGUGUGUGUGUGUGUGUGUGUGUGUGUGUGUGGGGGUCCCAGCUGUGUGUUUUAGUCCGUGUGUUCAGUAGAAGACCGUAGAUCUGAUGUAGAAAAAAACUCAGCUUGUUGUAAACUCUGUCUGUGUCAUGAUUGGGGCGUCGCCGCUUUGCUCGUCCAAUCAGAGAGCUGCGUUACACACAGCUGCUGUCAGAGAUGUGAUGGAAAGAUUUAUUGAAAUUUAUUUAGUUGUCUGAGAACAUGAAGGAAAUAUAAUAAACAAUAAAAAUAAUAAAGUCUCAUCA